UAGAUAGGAUCCUUCCUGUGCUUGUCACGUACGUCGCGUCGUCAAUAAUUUUUGCUCAAAAAAUCAGUCGAAGAAAUGUUUUAUUUUACAAAGUUAGUUAUUGUUUAACUUUUUAUUUGGUUAGUAUACAAUUUCAUGUUUCGAUUCUUACAAAUUCAGUUGAUAUUUGUAGAUUGCGUUAACAGAUUUCCACUUUCAUGGUGAACAGAAAUUCACAUAGAAUUCAUAUCCUGGCAGCGAGUGGAGCAAUUUAUCAGUGUCCAGUUCCCUUUUCCUAUUACGUCAUUUUCAACAUUUUUAUUCUGGGAAAAAUUUUGAUUUUUACCUGGAGGUGGGAUUUUUGCAGUUUUUUUGGCAACGUUUAGAAAAGUUUUCCAGAUAUCUGUUUAAGGGAAUCGUAACUUCUGUAGAUUCGAUGUCAAUUUUCUAUCUUCUUGAUAUACAAUUCAUACAUUGAACCACGUGUUCUUUAUGAAUAGAAAUUAGUUUACCGUUAAAAAAAAAAUUUAUUUGAAGUGUGCUGAUUCAAUCCUCAUUUCAGUAAUAAUGUCACAUUUUAAAGAUAUAUGUGAAAUAUCUGGAGGAGAAACUAGUAAUUGUGAAAAGAAAGAUAUAAAAUGCAGCAAAAUUUGCCAAAAAUGUAAUGAGUAUGAUGAUAAAUUACAAUUACUUUACAACAUGAUGGUGACAAUGAAUGAUGAAGAUCUUAAGAAAGUUAAAAAAUAUGCGGACUACCAACUUGAGAGGGAUCGAUCAGCAGAUAUUAUAUCAUUGCUUUCAAAACGCGGACAAGGUUGCAUCGUAGCAAAGAUUUUUAAAAAUUUCGAUGCCCCCUUACUCAACAACAUACAACAUGUAAAUACCGAAUGGUACAAAGUCAUAUCCACUGAAAGAUUGUGGAAAAAAUUGAUAGAAAAGGAGGCUGAAAAUAAUUCUUUGUGGCGAACAGUAAUUAAAAAAAUGGAGUUCAACAAACAUUUAGGAAAAGAAAUUGAUUUUCGAAGUGACGAAAAUAAUUUUUACCAAAAUAUGUUGAAUUCUAUUUCAUCAAUUGCAAAAGAAAUUGAUGAUAAUUGGAGAAACAAAGCAAUUUAUGUCACUCAAUAUGACACAGAAGUGGAAAAUGCCAAAGUAAUUUAUGCAAUCACGUUUAAUAAUAAGGAAAUAUUUUCCGGACACAAUGAUGGUAAAAUUAGAGUGUGGAAUAUCGAAAGUAAAGCAAUUACGAAAAUCCUGGAGGGCGGCCACAGUGCUGCAAUAUUGGGAUUGAAAUUUUAUAAUAAAAAUUAUCUCAUUUCCUCUUCAUGUGAUAAGCAAAUUAUUGUAUGGAAUACAGAAGAUGGUGAAAUAAUACAAAUCCUAAAGCAUCACACUGAUAACGUAAUGGACAUAGCUUUGAAAGAUAAUACAUUAAUAACGGCCAGUAAGGAUUGUUCACUUGCAGUAUGGACAAUUAUUUCUCCAAAAACAUUCGUUAGGCAAAUUUCUUUGAGACAUGAAAAUUCAGUAAAUGUUGUCGAUUUAGAUGAAAAAUAUAUUGUGUCAGGCAGCACUGACACAACAAUAAAAUUGUGGAAUAGGUCCACAUUUAGGAUUCAUUCCACUCUAACAGGACAUAUUCGAGGUAUUACCUGCUUAAAAUAUGAAAAUAAUAUAAUUGUUAGCGGCAGCGCUGAUCAAACUAUUCGAAUAUGGAAAGUAGACACGCUUUGUUGCCUCAGAGAGUUAAAAGACCAUUAUGAAAUGGUCAGAAGUAUAACUUUCAAUGAAAAGUACAUAAUUAGCGGAUCAAGAAAUGGAAAAAUAAAAAUUUGGGAUAUGGUAGCUUGUCUCGACCCUACGUCUAAUCCAAGAGAAUUGUGUUUUCGAACGUUGAACGCAAGUAAUGGAUUAAUAUUAAAAAUCAAAAUGGAUGAUCACAGAAUAUUAUCGUCUGCUAAUGAUGGAAUGAUUAAAAUUUGGGAUUUUUGGAAAACUGAUGACGAAUAUCAUAGUUAAUUGAUUAAUUAAAAACAUUAUUUAAUAAAUAAUAAUGUUGUGUUUACCGUUAAAAUCGUUUUACUUAAACGAUCAAAAAGUUUUAGUUUACCGUUAAAAUUGUUUUACAUUUUCAUUUAUAAAAUU